AUGGAUGCCGCUUUUCUGGCAUUCUGUCAUUUCGAGCUCCAACAAAAGCAUUUUUUGUGGUUCUCGAAAAUUUCCAACGGAACUCUCGAAACGUCUUGGUGUUGUCCGUCCGUGGUUGCUUCUGUCUUUUCUGAUUUGCGCGCAGGUUAAGGUUAUUCGAGUAGUUCCAGUUUACUCUCACCUAAAAAAUGUUAAAUCCAGUCUUUUUCAGGUCGCUUGGGGGUUGACCAGCCGUGGUAUGCGAUGAUUCUUCGAUUCGGACUGGCCUUUGCGUGCGUUGUGGCCACUGUCAAUGGGGCAAAGGAUUCAGAUGUCUGCGGAUAUUGUAAAUUCAUGGUGGAAACCUUCAAAGCCGUGAGUUGUUCUUCUUCAUUGUUAUUUCUUGAUCUUUAGGGUUUGAAAAAGACCGAGAACCAGCACUUCGCCGGUGGAAAUACGGAUUGGGAAGAGAGGAAAUUGGGAAAGUUUAAAACAAGGUAAGUGGUUGUGGAGAACAUGAUACUUAAUGUUUAGUGAGACUCGCUUCAUCGAGAUCAUGGAGUACGUGUGCCAUAAAGAUCACCUGGAAAAUGCAGAAGAGUUCAGUGAUCUCAAAGACCUCAGAUUUAAGGUGAUUUCAUCUUAUUUUAUAAAUUUCUUUUAGUGCAAUCAUUUGGCUGAAGAUACUGAAGAAAUUUUGGAAAAAUGGUUCUUCAAAGGCCAAGACAGUGAGAUCUUUAAGUACGUAUGUAUAGAUGAGGCUAAAAAAUGCUGCCCAGAAGGUCAUUAUGGGGCUAAUUGUUCUCCUUGUCCCGGCGCUUUGAAAGGGCUGACGUGUUUUAAAAAAGGGAAGUGUGACGUAAGUUAAUAUUCAUAUUUAGUAGUUUAAAUACUAGAGAAACGUUUGUGAUGUCUUAUCAGUAAUUUUUCAUCUUGUUUCAGGGCGAGGGCACUCGUUUGGGCACGGGUAAAUGCGAGUGCAAAUCCGGAUAUGCGGGUGUAAGAUGUAGUACGUGUGCUGCCCAUUUUUACGAGGUUUCAAAGACUGAUGAUUCGAUUGAAUGUGCAGGUAAGAGACACUAAGCGUUUUGAGAAUGUCCUAAGACAUUUUUUGUUCACUACCAUGCAAUUUAUCCCCGUAUUUUAGCCUGUUUCGACGGCUGCGCCUCUAGCUGUAAGGGCCCAACUUCAUUGGACUGCACUGCCUGUAGAACUGGCUAUAGGAUGGUAGAAAAAGAAGGAUGUAAAGACGUUGAUGAGUGCGAAACAGACGGGGAGAAAUUAUGUGAUAAAGAGAACGAAAUUUGUGUGAACACCCCCGGAAGUUACAACUGUGAAUGUAAGAACGGCUACAAGCGAGAUUACGAUACGGAUGAAUGCGUUCUAGAUGUAAAUGGUAGGAAGUUAUUGUUGUUUUAGAGUUUGUUAACAUUCAGUUAGAUGGUUUGGUUAAAGUUUUGGUUUUUACUAAUACUGUUUUGUCUCGUUGUGUUGUAAUCCCUGUCUUUUGACUGGAAAUUGGAUUGUAAACAUAGCUACUGUCUGAAUGGCGUGUAGUGUAGAUGUUAAUGUCAUCUUUCUGCAUCCAAUUUUACAGCUCAACCUUACGAUGGAUUUUGGCGACCAGAUCGAACUCUCCGUUAUAUUGCCAUCGCCGGACUAACCUCCGUAGCUGCCUUUAUUCUCGCUUUCCAUCGAACUCCAAUCGCGAUUAUUUUUCUAAUUGCAUCAUUCAUCGCAACCAUCGUUAUCGAAAAGACCUUGGAUCACACUUCAAUCCCGGAUGAGGCAAAAAAACUGAUGGGAAAGUUCAUGUGAAAGGGUAUAAUAUAAUUUUAAUUGGACUACUAGAUGCAGAUGAGUGUAUUUUGCCUUGUUUCAUCCCCGUCUUUCUUUGGUUUCACCUCUAUUUAACUUUGUUUUGGUUGACUCUAGUGCAAUAUUUUAAUUCAAGUCCCUUGACUACCUCAAUAUCGUUUCAGAUCCCGACCUGAAGGAUGAGUUGUAA